UCAUGAUGUAAUCGAUGAAGUUGCAAAUUUUUUGAGUGAAGUGGGGGAAAUCAGAGGACCUCAAAAUAAAAAUAAAACGUUCGGGGAAAACAAAUAGAGAAAUGUCAGGAUGGAUAAUUAAAGAGAUGUUUGUUUGUUAUUCUGACAAUUUUAAAGAAAUAAUGUUUCCUGUGUCCCAAUUUUCAUGUCGAGAUUUAAAAUAUCGAAUAGUUUAAUCUGCCUGUUGAAAAUUUGAUUUAAUAAAUUAUUCGAAAGCAGUUCAGUGACUGACAACUAUUGGUGUUCAUUUGUUUUGAAAUGGAGUCGUUUUUGAGUCUGUUCGAUUCUGGUGUUUCCGAUUCUAACACUGAAGAGUUCAGUUUAGAUAAUGUUUGUAAUCAGGAGGCUCUACCACCUGAACCACAACUAGGAAACGUAGAAUAUAAACUGAAAAUUGUGAAUCCUUCAAAGCAGAGGUUCGAACACCUGGUGACACAGAUGAAAUGGCGCCUUCGUGAAGGAAACGGAGAGGCAAUCUACGAGAUUGGAGUUGAAGAUAGUGGAAACCUGACCGGCCUCUCCCACUGUGAUAUGAGUGCCAGUCUCCAUACAUUACAACGUAUGGCUAGGAAAUUAGGUGCUACCACCACCAUUCUGAGAAAACGCACCCUAGACAAUAAUAGAACAGUGGCAGAAGUACUUGUCAGGAAAAUUCCAGAUGAUCAAAACAAUAUAGAGAUAAGAAUAGCAGUUUUGGGUAAUGCGGAUGCUGGUAAAUCAACACUACUGGGAGUUCUAACACAAGGCAGCUUGGACAAUGGACAGGGAAGAGCCAGACUGAACAUGUUCCGUCACUUACAUGAGAUUCAAAGUGGGAGGACUUCCUCCAUUUCUCACGAAAUAUUGGGAUUUAAUUCUGAGGGCCAGCCAGUUCACUAUAGUUACAGUGAAUUGAUAACAGCAGAAAAGAUUUGCGAAGCAUCUACUAAGUUGAUCACGUUCAUUGAUUUGGCGGGUCAUAAGAAGUACAUAAGGACUACUAUUCAAGGUCUAUCAGGUUAUUCACCUCACCAUGCUAUGCUUGUGAUUUCCAGUACAGCAGGUGCCACUGGAAUGGCGCAGGAACAUCUCGCAUUGGCGGUUGCGUUGAAUGUUCCAUUUUUCAUAGUUGUCACUAAAAUUGAUCUAACAUCACCAGUCCACACUGUGGAGAGUCUGAAAUCCUUCUUAGAACAAGUAGGAAUCAGGAGGGUUCCUCUAGUUGUAGAAACAAUAGAUGACGUAAUAACAGCUGGGACAAAUCAGCUACUCGAAAAUGUAGUACCCAUAUUUUGCGUGUCUUCCGUCAACGGGGACGGUCUAGAAUUGUUGCUUAAAUUCCUUCACGUACUUCCCCCCGGUAUAAGUUCCAAGGAGAAGGAUCGUCUCGAGCAGGAACCCGCAGAGUUUCAAAUCGACGAAAAUUUCCGCGCUGGCAAUAUCGGUCAGGUUUUGGGUGGUCUAUUGACCAAAGGUGUGAUAUCGGAGGGUUCAAAAUUGCAGAUUGGCCCCAUGAAAGACGGGUCUUUCAGAAGGGUGUGCGUCAAAUCUAUACACAGGAAUAGGGUGCCAUGUAGGGUUGUGAGAGCAGGUCAGAGCGCUGCGAUUUGCCUGGAUACUUACAUACCAAACCUCAGAAAUGGUAUGGUACUAGUCAGUAACACAGUGAAGGCUUACGGAUGUUUAUUUUUCCAAGCCACGAUUUCUGUGAUUUAUCAUGCGACGGCCGUUCAUCAAGGAUUCGAAACUACAGUACACAUCGGUAAUAUACGGCAAACAGCAGUUAUAGUCGGAAUUUUUUCCGCUAGCUGUAUCCACACCAACGAAAGUGCAUCGGUUCUGUUCAAGUUCAAAGGGCAUUCUGAAUAUGUAACAAUAGGUCAACGGCUUUUGUUCAGGGAAGAAACUGCCAAAGGUAUAGGAGAAGUCACCCAAGUUUUUCCAUUAAAUGUCUCAGAGAAAUAAUUUCUCCAUUUUUCAGUAUUUUUCUCUAUUCAACGAAGUAUUUGUACUUGUUAGAUGAUCUAUGACCAGUCAGAUGUUUCAUAUAAUGUACAUAUUGUAUUAUUUACUUAAAUUCAAAUUAUCUACGAUUUUAACUAUUUCAACUUCUUGGAGAAGUUCUCUGUUAUGUAUUUUAUUCGAUAAAAGAGUUUUAUUAUUUUGAAAUUCACAGUGUGAAGUUUCUCGUAACAAAUUCGAUAUGGGCAUCAAAAUUGCAAUGCAUGUACAAAAUAAUGGAAGUUUUAAGAUUAUAUAUCUGACAUAGUUUUUUAUUAGAUGAAUGUUUAUUUUUGUGAAAAUAUAAUUGUUUUUUUAUCAGUCA